AGAAUUACCGUGUAACUACAGUUUAGUAGAGCGUGCUAUGUGGCUAACGCGCAUUGUGCUAAUUUACGUUAGCUUAUGUUGGGCUGAGCACGUUGGCGUGGGAAUCUUCUAAUAGCCUGCUCCUUCAGUAGCACUAUGUCUAAUGUUACCUUUGUGUGAGGUAUACUCGUAACGGUAACAUUUUCUAUUUCAUUGAGAUCGUUGUGUGCAUUAAUAAACCGCAGUCAGAUAAGACAUCGAAAUAGCUAAACCGUUAGCAUAUCCUUCGGUAAGAGCAACGUUCAGGGAGCUGCGACGCUAUUCGGAAAAUGGCUUCGUUUAAACCAACCAAAAUCCAAGUAUAUCCAAAACUCGGAGAGAAAAUCACACAUGACACGCUGUACUGGAAAAACUACAAGCCGCCGAUCCAGAUAAAAGAAUUCGGUGCUGUCUCAAGCAUAAACUUCUCCCCGGUGGCACCACAUAAUUUUGCAGUGACAGCCUUCACAAGAAUCCACAUCUAUGGCCCCUACUCCCGGGAGCCGGUAAAGGCGUUAACGGGCUUUAAGAACACUGCAUACUGUGCAAGGUUCAGGGCGGACGGUCAGCUGCUCGUGGCGGGAUGCGAGGACUCAGUGGUCCGGCUGUUCGAUGUCAGUGGCAAGGUGGCACUGAGGGUGUUUAAAGGGCACACAAAGGCGGUGCAGGUCACGGAUUUCACCUCGGACCGGUACCAGAUCUUCACCGGCUCGGACGACUACACCUGUCGGCUUUGGGACCUCCCAAACGCCACGGAGCUCAACAGCUAUAGGGAACACACCGAUUACAUUCGCUGUGGUGUCACCAGCAAACUCAACAGAGAUCUCUUCAUUACGGGAUCCUAUGACCACACACUGAAAGUGUUUGAUGCUAGAGCAGAUAAGAGCGUGAUGACCAUGGACCAUGGCCAGCCAGUGGAGAGUUUGCUUCUUUAUCCCUCCGAGGGACUCCUCGUCUCUGCAGGUGGACGUUACGUGAAGGUGUGGGAUUUGCUGAAAGGGGGCCAGCCUCUGGUGUCACUGAAGAACCAUCACAAAACUGUCACCUGUUUGUGUCUCAGCAGCAACGGUCAGAGGCUGCUGUCGGCUUCUCUGGACAGGCAUGUAAAGGUGUACAACACCACCAACUUCAAAGUGGUGCACAACUUGGACUACGCUGCCUCAAUCCUCAGUCUGGCUCUGGCUCCGGACGACGAGUCCAUCGUCGUGGGAAUGACCAACAACAUCCUGAGCAUCAGACACAGGAAGAGCCCAGAGGAGUCGAAGGGAGUCCCGGGUCAGCAGAGGCGACGGCCGUCCUAUCGGGUCUCUUUGAAGGGGAAGAACUACGCCCCCAAGCAGGAGGACUAUCUUGUCAGCAAACCAGUGAAAGAGUAUUUGGCCCAAUACGACAAGCAGCUGAAGAAAUUUAAUGUGUCAAAGGCUUUGGAUGCGGCUUUGGAGAUAUGGAGGAGAAAGAGAAACCCAGAGGUCAUGGUGGCUGUCAUAAAGGAGCUGGAUCGAAGAGGAACACUGAAGAACGCUCUGGCGGGACGGGAUGAGCAGGGGCUCGCCAGCUUGCUCCACUUCAUUUUAGGGAACGUGGUUGACCCCAGGUUUGCCCCAGUGCUUGUGACGGCGGCCGAGAUGAUCCUGGAUGUUUACAAGCAGGUGGUCGGCCAGUCGCCGCUCGUGGACCGCCAGUUGCUGCGUCUGCAAGAGCUGCUGGAGAAAGAGAUCGGCUACCAGCAGGACCUCAUGGAGGUGCUGGGCAUGUUGGACACCAUGUUUGCCUCUAGCCUCCCCAAAAUGUCAGUGCCGUGCCCUGGUUCCACCAGAGCUAACGGCCUGACCCCAGGAGAAGUGGGUACCUCCAGACCACAGCUUCAUGCCACCUGAGGCCUGUAGCCGGAGAGGGUGGCUUCAGAUGCGAGUUAGAGCGUCUUCACCACAAUCAAUGGGGACACGCUUCUGCCCAACAGAAACAUUUGAUACAGGUUUUUAUGAGACUGACAAACCCAUGAGCGCAUCACUCUGGUGUUUUAACUUCAGCACAAUCGGAAACCCAAAGUGGAUGUGUGGCUGGAAAGUGAAGGCUUUUUAUGGGACAUCUUGUAAUUAUUACACUUUCAAAAUGUGAAUGUGGUCUGCGUGUGUUUCAAAUGCUUUCACUGGUUUUCAUGGGAUUGGUAAAGUGUGUCAUAAGCAGAUGAAAAUAAACUUUUGUAAUACUGAA